CAGCUCAGUUAAAAAAAAAGUGUGUGUGAAGGAAGAAUUGGACAUUUUGUUGUAGAAGAGACAAGUAUAGUAGAGCAGUGAAAAAAAAAAAGAAGAGAAAAAAAUUUUCACAUUUUUCUUUUUUUUCUUUUUUUGUUCAAUCAAAAGACACACAAAGAAAAAAAAAGAGAAGAAUUUAUUAAAAAUAAAAAUUUUUUAAAUCUUAAAAAUUACCAUCCAUCGGUAGUGAUAUUUUAUUAAUUUUUAUUAAUUUAAAUAUGGAUGGUUCUGCUAAAAAUCGUUUUGAGUUACUUUGUAUAGAUGAUGAUGCCACAGAUCCUCUAGACACAAUUGUUAGGAAAAAGGUAAAGCAAACUUCAUCAUCAUCAUCAGGAUUAGCGGCGGCAUCGGCGAGUUCUAAUCUUAAUUCACAACCAUUAAAAAAUCAAAAUCAUAAAAAUGUAAGUGGAGGCGGUGGGGGAGGUGGUGGAGGAGUUGGUGGCGGUGGAGGUUUUAAUGAUUUAAAAUCAAAUAUAAAGAAUGUUAAUAAAAAAUUGUCUACAUCGGUUACAACAAAUGCUGAAAAAGAAAAUAAAUCUGGAACUAUGAAUAAGAAUAUUGAUAAGAAAUCAAUGAUGACCGGUGGCGGUGGCGGCGGUAUUGGACAACAACGUGAUGGUCAGCAAAAUGUUGGUAGCGGCCAAACCGGUGGUGGUGGUGGUGGUAAACAAUCACAGAAUAAACAAGGGACACAGCAACGUAACGUUAAUUUCAAGCAACAAAAUGGCGAAACCCGUGAACAACGUAAUAAUCGUAGAAAUCGUGAUGAUAUGAAUAAUCAAAAACCAUUUGGAAAUCGUAACGAACGUAAUAAUAAUAAUAAUGAUUCUGUCGGUAAUACUGGUCUAAGUACAACAAAUAAUAAUGAUGCUACUGAUCAACGUCCACCAAGACGAGAUAGACGUGAUAAUGAUAAUCGUGGUCCACCUAGAAAUCGAAAUUUUGAUGGUAGAAGUGGUAAACGUGAAUUCGAUCGUCAAUCUGGCUCUGAUAAAACCGGUGUUAAAGCAAUUGAUAAAAAGGAUGGCGCUGGUGGUUAUAAUUGGGGAUCACCUAGGCAAGAUAUAGAGGAUUUGAAUAAAUCGACUACUGAUGAAGCACUUAUGGAGAAAGAAGAACCUGGCACGGAAACACAAAAGGAUGAACAAACUGCACCUAUUGAAGAAGAAACCAAAGAACUUACCUUGGAUGAAUGGAAAGCACAGAAACAACAACGAGCGAAGCCCCAGUUUAAUAUACGUAAAGCUGGAGAAGGUGAAGACUUAUCGCAAUGGAAGAAAAUGAUCGCAUUGACUAACAAAAAUAAGAAAAAAGGGGAAUCAGAUGAAGAAGAAUUAGAAUAUGAUCCGUCUAUGUAUCCACAACGUGUAGGCCGUUUACAACGUAUUGUAAACAUUGAAUUUCACUUUAAUGAUGGAAGACGUGGUGGUGGUAUGGGACGAGGUCGUGGCGGUCGAGGUCAACGUAAUCCAGGUGGUGGAGCUCCUGGUGGAGGUGGUGGUGGUGGCGGAGGUGGAGGAGGAGGAGGAGGU